CGGCUGGCCGCAUCUUUGAUUUGCUGUGUGAGUGUUGAGGUGAUGCGAGCGCGCGUGCGCGCGGCGCGCGUGCCGUUUUGGCUCUCUUUCAUACCAGUGAUGAAAUGUAAACCGACUUUAGCACGCGCGCGCACGCGCGCGCCGCGCUCCUCGACUUCUCGCGCCCGCCCCGAGCCACGCCCCUCACAAGAUAGGCGGCUGCGACCCUGAGAGUGCGCAGCGGUGCCGCUGGCGUGCUCACCACACCCAUCCAUCAUGCCUGCAUCAUUCCUGCACGUACUGCCCGGUCUGGUCGGGGCGUGGGGCGAGAUCUGGCAUGGCGGCGCGCUUGAACUGAGCGCCUUCGAUCGUCUCGCGGCGACUGCUCGCAGGCCGGGCGGCCAGAAACUGUGCCGCUCAGCCAUCCGCCGAAGCGAGCGCGCCGGCGGCGGUCCGCCGCCGGCGCGCUCAAACCCGCCGCCGGUGGGGAGCUCCGCUUGCGGCCAGCCUCUGUGCGGCCAGCCUCGCUGUCCGUGAACAAACGCCUCUUCACGGACGGUUUGAUUGUGGAAACACCCAAUCUCUGC